UAUUUAGAUAAAACAUAAAACUAAAUUAAAAAAAGAUUAAUAUUAGUGUCAGUGAUUGAUUUACUAUUUUAAAGCAACCUUCGCAGGCUCCUCACAUAAAUCCCACUCAAGCUCUAAAUAAAAGCUGCAGUUUCCAUCACUCUUCUUCUUCAAAAGUUCUCAAAAAUCAUCAUUAUCACUUUUAAUUACUUCAAUGGCUCUUGUUCGUGAACGCCGUCAGAUCAACCUACGUCUACCUCUUCCACCUCUCUCCGAUCGCCUCCCCUGUUUCUCCUUUCCCUGCACCACGGCCGCCGCUGUCACAUCCACCGCUAACACCAACGGAAUCGUCGCUUCGGAUAUCGAGAAACUCCACGUCCUCGGAAGCGGAAACGGCGGGAUCGUAUACAAAGUCCGACACAAAACCACAGCGGAGCUUUACGCUCUGAAAACAGUCAACGGCGACAUGAGUCCGAGUUUCACGAGACAGCUAACGCGCGAGAUGGAGAUCCUCCGCCGCACUGAUUCUCCUUACAUCGUACGGUGUCACGGGAUCUUCGAGAAACCAAUCGCGGGCGAGGUUUCAAUCCUCAUGGAGUACAUGGACGGCGGAAACCUAGAAUCUCUCCGCGGCGCCGUGACCGAGGAACAACUCGCGGGGUUUUCCCGCCAGAUUUUGAAAGGACUGAGCUAUCUCCACUCGCUCAAGAUCGUUCAUAGAGACAUUAAACCUGCGAACCUCCUCUUGAAUUCGAGAGACCAAGUUAAAAUCGCCGAUUUCGGGGUUAGCAAAAUCAUGAUCCGAUCCUUGGAUUACUGCGAUUCGUUUGUCGGCACGUGCGCUUACAUGAGCCCGGAGAGAUUCGACUCCGUCGCCGGAGAGAACUCCGAUGUAUACUCAGGCGAUAUCUGGAGUUUUGGAUUGAUGAUGCUCGAGCUAUUCGUCGGACAUUUCCCGUUGCUUCCUCAGGGACAGAGACCUGAUUGGGCGACGCUGAUGUGCGCCGUGUGCUUCGGAGAACCGCCGCGCGCGCCGGAAGGAUGUUCCGACGAUUUUAGGAGUUUUGUUGAUUGUUGUCUACGUAAAGAACCGAGUGAGAGGUGGACGGCGUCGCAGCUUCUCGACCACUCUUUUCUCCGUGUAACUGUUUAGAUCCGAUUGCUACGAUAAGCACUUGCAUUGUUACAAAAUCGUAUGUAUAUUCAUUACAAUUAAAAUGUGCGUGAUACAAAAUGGUGUCGAGAUCAUUAUUCCUACGAAACAGGGCAACUCUUACUAGGUCUU